AUGGGACAGAACAGUGUAUUCAUCGUACCCUCUGAAGGUAUGAGGGGGGUUGACAAUGACACCUGGCUCAAUGUAGGCCCGCCUGAGUUCUUGGAGGAUCCGGACAACGAUGAAGCUCACUGGAUCACCGUGAUCCUUUCUGCAGAAAUGAACGACACCUAUACCGAUGAAGCUAUCAUGACUCAUGCGCAUCAGAUCAUCCGAGACCGACAAGCCAUCGUAAGUGAUGUGGCACAGCAUAACCUGGGGGUAAGUUGCAUCUCGAUCCCGGUCCCGGUUGAUGCUAAAACAGAGGCAAUGUGGUCUCGCGCCGAGGUCGAUGUGAGAAAGUGGCUCGAAAUGAUUCGUACUGGGAUGGUUAUUCUUAACCGGGAUGUGAUUUUUCAAGCGUCCCGGGGGCUACUGUGCCGUAGCACCCUAGAGAGAGGGGGAUAG